CCCUAUGGAUGGGAGAUGAUGACAAACCGAGAUGGCCGUGACUACUUCAUCAAUCACAUGACACAGGCAAUCCCAUAUGAUGACCCUCGGUUUGACAGCUGCCAAAUCAUCCCUCCAGCUCCACGGAAGGUGGAGAUGAGGAGAGACCCUGUGCUGGGCUUUGGGUUCGUGGCAGGGAGUGAAAAGCCUGUGGUUGUUCGUUCAGUGACACCAGGUGGCCCCUCAGAAGGCAAGCUGAUCCCAGGAGAUCAGAUUGUAAUGAUUAAUGAUGAACCAGUCAGUGCUGCACCAAGAGAGAGGGUCAUCGACCUGGUCAGAAGCUGCAAAGAAUCGAUCCUGCUCACUGUCAUUCAGCCUUACCCUUCUCCCAAAUCAGCAUUUAUUAGUGCUGCAAAAAAGGCAAGAUUGAAGUCCAACCCGGUCAAAGUGCGCUUUUCCGAAGAGGUCAUCAUCAACGGCCAAGUGUCGGAAACUGUUAAAGACAACUCACUUCUUUUUAUGCCAAAUGUUUUGAAAGUCUAUUUGGAAAAUGGACAGACCAAAUCCUUUCGCUUUGACUGCAGCACCUCCAUCAAGGAUGUCAUCUUAACCCUGCAAGAGAAGCUGUCUAUCAAAGGCAUUGAGCACUUCUCUCUCAUGCUGGAGCAGAGGACUGAAGGGGCCGGGACCAAGCUACUGUUGCUUCAUGAACAGGAGACACUCACUCAGGUGACCCAGAGGCCUAGCUCCCAUAAGAUGAGGUGUCUUUUCCGGAUCAGUUUUGUCCCAAAGGAUCCCAUUGACCUGUUAAGGAGAGAUCCAGUCGCUUUUGAGUAUCUCUAUGUUCAGAGUUGUAACGACGUUGUUCAGGAGCGAUUUGGACCUGAGCUGAAAUAUGACAUUGCCUUGCGGCUGGCCGCGUUACAAAUGUACAUCGCCACUGUCACCACCAAACAGACGCAGAAAAUCUCCCUCAAAUACAUUGAGAAAGAAUGGGGACUGGAGACAUUUCUUCCAUCUGCUGUGCUGCAGAGCAUGAAAGAGAAGAACAUCAAGAAAGCACUUUCCCACCUUGUCAAAGCAAAUCAAAACUUGGUACCACCGGGUAAAAAGCUGUCUGCAUUGCAAGCCAAGGUCCACUAUCUCAAGUUCCUCAGUGACCUGCGACUAUAUGGAGGCCGUGUGUUCAAGGCAACGUUAGUGCAGGCAGAAAAGCGCUCAGAAGUGACUCUUCUGGUUGGUCCCCGGUAUGGCAUAAGCCAUGUCAUAAACACCAAAACCAAUCUGGUGGCUCUUUUAGCUGACUUCAGCCAUGUCAACAGGAUUGAAAUGUUUACUGAAGAGGAGAAUUUGGUGAGGGUGGAGUUGCACGUGCUAGAUGUGAAGCCCAUCACACUCCUUAUGGAGUCAUCAGACGCCAUGAACCUGGCCUGUCUGACAGCUGGAUACUACCGGCUGCUUGUGGACUCCAGAAGGUCGAUAUUUAACAUGGCCAACAAGAAAAAUGCAGGCACACAGGACACAGGAACAGAAAAUAAAAGCAAGCAUAAUAUCCUUGGCCCUGAUUGGAACUGUAUGCCUCAGAUGACCACCUUCAUUGGCGAAGGGGAACAAGAAGCCCAAAUCACAUAUAUAGAUUCUAAGCAGAAGACAGUUGAGAUGACAGACAGCACCUUAUGUCCCAAAGAGCACCGGCAUUUAUAUAUCGACAACACAUACAGUUCAGAUGAACUUAGCCAACCACUGACUCAGCCAGGUGAUACCCCCUGUGAGGCCGACUACAGAAGCCUAGCUCAGCGGUCCCUGUUGACCCUCUCAGGACCAGACACUCUGAAGAAAGCACAGGAAUCCCCAAGAGGAGCUAAAGUGUCCUUUAUUUUUGGAGAUCUUGCCUUGGAUGAUGGCAUGAAUCCCCCAACUCUAGGCUAUGAAAGACUGUUAGAUGAGAAUCCAGAAAUGCUGGAGAAGCAGAGGAAUCUCUACAUCAGCAGUGCCAAUGACAUGAAAAACCUGGACCUCACUCCAGACACAGACAGCAUCCAGUUUGUGGCAAAUUCUGUAUACGCAAACAUAGGUGAUGUGAAGAACUUUGAGGCCCCUGCGGGGAUAGAGGAGCCCCUCUUACAUGACAUCUGUUAUGCAGAAAACACUGACGAUGCAGAAGAUGAAGAUGAGGUGAGCUGCGAGGAGGACCUUGUGGUGGGAGAGAUGAAUCAACCAGCCAUCCUUGACCUGUCAGGGUCAAGCGAUGACAUCAUUGACCUCACGAGCCUGCCUCCUCCAGAAGGCGAUGACAAUGAGGAUGACUUCCUCUUGCGUUCUCUGAACAUGGCCAUCGCUGCUCCCCCACCUGGCUUUAGAGACAGUUCUGAUGAGGAGGACACUCAGAGCCAGGCAACAUCCUUCCAAGAGGACAAGGAACAAGGCAGCAGCCUACAGAAUGAGGAGAUCCCUGUGUCCCUCAUUGAUGCUGUGCCCACCAGCGCAGAGGGCAAGUGUGAGAAGGGACUGGACCCUGCUGUCGUUUCCACACUGGAAGCCCUAGAAGCUCUUUCAGAAGAACAACAGAAGAGUGACAAUUCAGGUGUAGCCAUCUUGCGGGCUUAUAGUCCUGAGUCUUCAUCAGACUCGGGCAAUGAGACUAACUCUUCUGAAAUGACAGAGGGGUCUGAGCUAGCCGCAGCACAGAAGCAGUCGGAAAGCCUCUCGCGCAUGUUCUUGGCCACUCACGAAGGCUAUCACCCUCUUGCAGAAGAGCAGACAGAGUUCCCCACCUCCAAAGCCCCCUCAGGGGGCUUGCCUCCAAAGUCCUCCCAUGGCCUGUCUGCUCGCCCAGCGACUGACCUCCCACCCAAAGUUGUGCCUUCCAAGCAGAUCCUUCACUCAGACCACAUGGAAAUGGAGCCAGAAACCAUGGAGACCAAGUCGGUCACUGAUUAUUUUAGCAAACUGCAUAUGGGGUCAGUGGCAUAUUCCUGUACCAGCAAAAGGAAAAGCAAACUUGCUGAGGGAGAGGGGAAAGUCCCCCUGAGUGGGAAUGCACCAGGAAAAAAACAGCAAGGAACCAAAAUGGCAGAGAUGGAGGAGGACACCAAAGGCAAAGUUGGCACUGUGUCUUCAAGAGACAGUCCACACCUCAGCACUUUUAACCUGGAGAGAACUGCCUUUCGCAAGGACAGCCAAAGAUGGUAUGUGGCCUCUGACGGUGGGGUGGUAGAGAAAAGUGGUGUGGAAGCACCAGCCAUGAAAACCUUUCCCAGAGGUCCAGGUCUGGGGAACAGGGAGGCGGAAGGGAAGGAGGAUGGCACCGUGGAAGGAGACGCUGAUGAAGGUCUUAACCAAGGGGACCGCUUCCUAACAGACAUGGCCUGUGUGGCCUCAGCCAAAGACUUAGAAAACCCUGAAGAUGCUGACUCGCCCACUUGUGACCAUGCCACUAAGCUUCCUGAGACUGAAGACAGUGUGGCCCGCCUUUGUGACUACCAUUUGGCCAAGCGGAUGUCAUCCCUGCAGAGCGAGGGCCAUUUUUCUCUCCAGAGCUCUCAAGGCUCUUCAGUGGACACAGGCUGUGGUCCAGGCAGUGGUAGCAGUACCUGUGCCACUCCUGUGGAUUCGCCCCUCUGCCCCUCCCUGGGGAAGCACCUGAUUCCCGAUGCUUCUGGGAAAGGUGGGAGUUACAUUUCACCAGAGGAGAGAGUCACUGGCCAUCCCAACCAUGGAGCCACCUUCAAGGAAUUGCACCCACAGACGGAAGGGAUGUGUCCGCGCAUGACAGUACCUGCUCUGCACACAGCCAUUAAUGCUGACCCCCUGUUUGGCACGUUGAGAGAUGGAUGCCAUCGACUGCCCAAGAUUAAGGAAACCACAGCUUUGACAGAGCCUGGGAAGGAGAGACAAGGAGGCAUGCCUUCAGCUUGGUCUCAACAUCCUGAAGCUGAUCCCAUCCUGCUACCAUCAAAUAUUCACUUGGAAUCAAAGGUGCCAAGCCCAAAUCAAGACCCUAAUGAUUUCUCCCAAGCAAACCAGGCAUUCGGAGAGGCUGUGAGCUGGUGGCCAGCGGAUCUGAGAGGGGGGAGCCUCAGGACACCCCCCAGCCAGAGGGCUCUCAGACAAAGCAGCAGUGUCCUCUCAGGACCCGUAGGUUUGGAGACCUUCCAAGAGAGAACCAAGGGUGCAGUCAGCUUGAAGUAUCCAGGUAUCACAGAAGCACAGGAAGCCAGUUCGGAAAGACGAACAGAACUCCCACUGGGGAAGAAGCUCACCAAAAGUUUUUCCCAAAGCUCGAUGCACUUUAUCUCUGAGGGAAAGUUUCACAAAAGGUCCCCAGUGUCUCAUAAAGACUCAAAGCUGUAUAGGACCCUACCCUUGCGGAAGCUGGAGGGCAGUAACUGGAGAUGCCGAGGACCCUUCAGCUACUGUUUUCUGAAUCAAGGGCAGGAUGAAGAUGGGGAUGAGGAUGAAGAGGAGGGGGAGGCCACCCUUCAGGUCUCUUGCCUCUAUCGACCACAGAUAACUCAAGCCAUGCAGGAACCAAGCAAGUCAUCCCUGGUUGUUGGACUGCAGAAACAAGGAGAACUGUGCAGAGAGCCAGUGUUGAAGGUCUGGACAGAAGACCCCAGUGGCCCAGAUGACUGGGAUUUCAGCAGUCUGGCUUUUGAUGCCCGGAUUGCAAGAAUAAAUGCCCUAAAGGCGAGCACAUAUGGAAUGCCCGAUGGGUUCCUCGAAGCCCAGAAUGAUGCCAAUGAGCUGCUUUGCCUUGUCAGGGCAACCAAGGCAAAGAGGGAGGAGUCAUGCCCUGAAGCAUAUGACCUUACACUUUCUCAGUACAAGCAACUGUUAUCCAUUGAGUCCAGACAGUUGGGAAGUGCCUGCAGGAAAAUGGCAAUGGCUGAGAAAAGCCCAGAAGAGAUGCUCCUAGCCAUGAGUUCCAGUUUUCAAGUGCUCUGUUGCCUAACAGAAGCUUGCAUGCGGUUAGUGAAAGUCGUGAACUCUGAAACACAGCGGCAGGAAAUUGUAGCGAAGAUUGAUGAAGUGGUCAUAAACUAUAUUUGUCUCCUGAAAGCUGCUGAGGCAGCCACUGGCAAGACCACUGGGGAUCCUAGUAUUGGACUAUCAAUGCGACAUUCAACCACCAUGGCCGCUCUUGUAAGCACACUAACACGUUCUCUCAAGAUGCUUUUAAAUAAAUAAAUAUGAAAGUCACAUCAUAAUC